AUGGCGCACGUUGCUGCUGUCGCAAUGCCACACGUUGUAUCAGAUGAGACGAUCGCACGUGCGGAUGCAUUAAAAGCGCAGGGUAAUGAAGCAUUAGCUCAUUUUAAAUAUGCAAAAGCUGUUGAAUUGUAUUCAAAGGCCAUUGAGCUGGCUCCUACUGCGAUCUUUUAUGCCAAUCGUGCGGCUGCACACGUCAAGAGCGAGAAUUAUGGUCUUGCUAUUGAUGAUGCAUCCAGUGCGAUUGAAUUGGAUUCAACAUAUGUGAAAGCUUAUUAUCGACGUGGAUCAGCACAACUAGCACUGGGACAUCAUAAAAAAGCGGUCAAGGAUUUUCGUCUAGUGGUUCAUAUGAAACCACAAGAUCGCGAUGCACGUGCAAAGCUCAAAUUGUGUGAAAAGAUCAUUAAGGAAGCGGCAUUUGCAGCUGCGAUACAAUCUGAACGCAACUUGCCACUCUCUGAGACUAUUGAUGUUAAUUCAAUGGUGGUGGACCCCUCCUACGACGGCCCGCUUCUUCCUGAGGAUACGGCGCAGACCAAGCCUGACUUUAUUGUAGCACUAAUAGACCGCUUUAAGCGUGGGAAGCUGCUACAUCGCAAGUUUGUGAUUCAAAUUUUGCUAAAGCUCAAGGAGAUGAUGUGUGCUCUGCCGUCCUUGGUGCACAUUUCGCUUCCGUCCGACGACCCGGAUGCACACUUCACAGUGUGCGGUGAUACGCAUGGUCAGUUCUACGAUGUGUGCAACAUCUUCUCACUGAAUGGGCUACCGAGCGAUACCAACCCAUAUUUAUUCAAUGGCGACUUCGUCGACCGAGGCUCGUUUUCAUUUGAGGUUGUCAUGACGCUCUUUGCCAUGAAAGUCAUAUAUCCGCAGCACGUACACUUGCUGCGUGGUAACCACGAGUCAAAGAACAUGAACAAGAUUUACGGCUUUGAAGGCGAGGUGAAGCACAAGUACGACGAGACGGUCAUGCAGCUCUUCACGGAGGUUUUCAAUUGGCUCCCUCUUGCCGCCGUGAUUGAAGACAAGGUGUUGGUCGUGCACGGUGGUCUUUUCAGCGAGGAGAAUGUAACGCUUGCUGACAUUGAAAAGAUCGACCGUAACCACGAGCCACCUGAGAGUGGACUCAUGAGUGACUUGAUGUGGAGCGAUCCACAGCCUUUUCAGGGUCGCGGUCCUAGCAAGCGUGGUAUCGGCCUCUCUUUCGGACCUGAUGUCACCAAAGCCUUCUUGGAGCACAACAAACUUGACUUGUUGGUGCGCUCGCAUGAGGUCAAGGAUGAGGGAUACUUAGUUGAGCACGACGGAAAGUGCAUUACAGUAUUCAGUGCGCCAAACUACUGCGACCAGAUGGGCAACAAGGGCGCGUUCAUUCGCUUUGAAAAGGACAUGCAGCCCCGAUUCACGCAAUUUGUUGCAGUGGAGCACCCACCAAUUCGCCCGAUGGCAUAUGCCGGAAAUAUGGGCGGUAUGUUCGGCUAG